UUACGCAUCUGAUGCGCCAGUUUCAAGUCAGUGUGCAAAGGGAGCCCGCAGGAAACCAACAGGAUUGGCGUUAUUUCACGCACACGCGUGGCUGAAGUGGAACGAGGCAUAAAAGGAGGUCAGGGUGACAUCAUGAGCGAUCGCUUCGAUUGUAAGAACUGCAAGGAGUCCCUGUACGGACGCAAGUACAUCCAAGCGGAGGAUAAUCCGCACUGCAUCCCGUGUUAUGAUCGUCUUUAUGCUAAUACUUGCCAGGAAUGCAAAGAAAUCAUCAAUCAUAAUGCAAAAGAGCUGUUUUACGACAACCGAUACUACCACGAACACUGCUUCCGCUGCAUGCGUUGCGAGCGCUCGCUGGCCGACGAGCCCUUCACCAGCCAGGAUGAUGCGCUGGUGUGCAGCGAAUGCUACGGCAACGAAUUCUCCUCCAAGUGUGUAGUCUGCGAUAAGAAGGUUCUGCCCGGAUCCAAAUUGUUGGAGUACGGCGGCUCCACGUGGCACGAGGACUGUUUCAUGUGUCACGGCUGCGAGAAGCCCAUCGGCGCCGAGGCCUUUAUCCCAGACAAAAACAAUUACUACUGCGUGCCGUGCUACGAGGGAAGACUCGCUCCCCGCUGCAGGCACUGCAACAAGGCUCUGACUAAAGGAGGGGUGACCUACCGGGACGAGGUGUGGCACAAAGAAUGCUUCCUCUGCUCGGGAUGCAAAAGCCCUUUGGCUGGCCAACCGUUCACCUCGGAGGGGGAAAAACCUUACUGCGUCAAGUGCUUCAGCAGCCUCUACGCCAAAAAAUGCGCCGGCUGCAACACGGCCAUCACAGGCUUCGGAGACGGCAAAUACGUGUCUUUUGAGGAGCGACAGUGGCACCAGCCGUGUUUCAAGUGCUCCCGAUGCUCCGUGUCGUUGGUGGGAUCUGGAUUUUUUCCGGACCGAGAGCAGAUUUUGUGUAAAGACUGCAACAGCGACGACUGACCGGAUCGGGGACGGACACCAAGGCUCCAUUUUUUGGGGUUGAAAUAAUAAUCCGAAUAGUUUGCGCACCAUUUUUUAUCAAUUAAAUAUGUAUUAGGAAGUAUUUGAAUGACAGAUUUGUCUUUUUAAAAGACUUCUUUAAGGGUGGUAAACAUGAGAAUUUAGUCGGGAUGUUUCUGAGGUGAUAGUUUAUUCCUAACUCACUGGCUGCUAUUGAGAGUGAUAGAUGUCCAAACUGUUUGAAAAGCUGAAGUGAAAGUUUUGGAGGUGCGAGUUUAUUCAUAAUUCAUUGGCUUCCAUUGACGGCAAUGGAGGCCUAAUCUAUUUGAAAACUUGAAGUGAAAGUUUCUAAGGUGAGAGUUUGUUUUCAAAAGCUGAAGUGAAAUUUUCUGAGGUGAGAGUUUAUAACUUAUUGGCUGCCACUGACAGAUGUCCAGUCUAGCUGAGAAGCUGAAGUGAAAGUUUCAGAGGUGCGAGUUUAUUUUUGACCAAUAGAUGUCCACCCUACUUGAAAAGGCGGAGUGAAAGUUUCUGCUGUGAGGGUUUAUAAUUUAUAGGCUGUCAUUGAUAGUGACAGACGUCUAAUCUAUUUAAAUAGUUUAAGUGAAAGUUUCGGAGGUGAGUUUACUCGUAACUCAUCAACUGACAUCAACGCUACUUGGAAAGUUGAAGUGAAAGUUUCUAAAGUGAGAGUUUAUUCAUAACUCAUCGGCUAUGAUUGACAGCAAUGGAUGUACCAUCUAUUUGAACAUUUGAAGUGAAAGUUUCGGCAGUGAGAGUUUAUCACUCAUCAAUAGACAUCAACAGUACUUGAAAAGGCUAAAUGAAAGUUUCUGAUGUGAGAAUUCAUUCAUAACUCAUUGGCUACCAUUGACAGCAAUAGAUGUACAAUCUAUUUGAAAAGUUGAAGUGAAAUUUUCUGAGGUGAGUUUAUUCACAACUCAUCACUAGACAUCAACUGUACUUAAAAAGUUGAAGUGAAAGUUUCCGAGGUGAGAGUUUAUUCAUAACUCAUUGGCUGCGAUUGACAGUGAUAGACAUCCAAUUUAUUUGAGAAGUUGAAGUGAAAGUUUCUGAGGUGAGGGUUUACUCAUAACUCAUCAGUAGACAACAACUCUACUUGAAAAGUUGAAGUGAAAGUUUCGGAGGUGAGUUUAUUCACAUCUCAUCAAUAGACAUCAACUGUGCUUAAAAAGUUGAAGUGUAAGUUUCUGAGGUGAGAGUUUAUUCAUAACGCAUUGGCUACGAUUGACAGCGAUAGACAUCCAAUCUGUUUGAGAAGUUGAAGUGAAAGUUUCUGAGGUGAGGGUUCACUCAUAACUCAUCAGUAGACAACAACUCUACUUGAAAAGUUGAAGUGAAAGUUUCGGAGGUGAGUUUAUUCACAUCUCAUCAAUAGACAUCAACUGUACUUAAAAAGUUGAAGUGAAAGUUUCUGAGGUGAGAGUUUAUUCAUAACCCAUUGGCUACGAUUGACAGUGAUAGACAUCCAAUCUGUUUGAGAAGUUGAAGUGAAAGUUUCUGAGGUGAGUUUAUUCACAUCUCAUCAAUAGACAUCAACUGUACUUAAAAAGUUGAAGAUAAAGUUUCUGAGGUGAGAGUUUAUUCAUAACGCAUUGGCUACGAUUGACAGUGAUAGACAUCCAAUCUGUUGGAGAAGUUGAAGUGAAAGUUUCUGAGGUGAGUUAACUCAUAACUCAUCAAUAGACAUACACUUGACUUCUAAAGUUGAAGUGAAUGUUUCUGAGGUGAGAGUUUAUUCAUAACUCAUUGGCUAUUGUUGACAGUGAUAGACAACAACUACUUGAAAAGUUGAAGUGAAAGUUUCUGAGGUGAGACUUCAUUCAUAAAUCACUGGCUACCAUAGACAGCAAUAGAUGUACAAUCUAUUUGAAAAGUUGAAGUGAAAGUUUCGGAGGUGCAAGUUUAUUUACAACUUAUAGGCUGCCAUUGACAGACGUCAAAUCUAUUUGAAAAGCUGAAGUGAAAGUUUCUGAAGUGAGAUUUAUUGGCUGACAUUGAAAGAGACAGACAUCCAAUCUGUUUGAAAAGUCGAAAUGAAAGUUCCGGAGGUGUGAGUUUACUCAUUGCACAUGUCCAACUAAAUUCUCAUGUCCUCAAAUUCAAACAAAUGGACAUUUCCGAUGCAAAAUUGUAAAAUGUAUUUUAUUAAUGGCCACUCUGGAAUAUUUGCAUGUUCAUAUUCUAAUAGAAGCCUCACAUCUUCCCCUUCUUAGCAGCAAUGUAGCAUUUUAGGAUUUAAUAAUCUUGUACUAUAUGCAAAAUUCAUUGUUUUUGAUGUAAAAACCAACAAAUAAUUCAAUUUCUAUUAAAAUGAUGCAUUGAAAAACCUGUCAUUUCAACUCACUAAAAUUAGCCCCACCCACUUUGCAUCCUCAAAAUAGCGCUCCCGUGCGAACUCAAUCAACUCAGCGAAGAGUCUAAAUAUUUACAGUUCGCAACCUCGUAUUUAUAUAAUCGUGACAUCAUGAUGGAGGAACACCGCGAUCGCGCAUUUUCAUUUUCCAUCCGAUUAAAUCCACGCAAACCAUUAAAAAUAUGAUUUAAAGCGGCGUGAACGUGACCGCCGCUUCGGCCUGUGUUGUUUCACCGUCAACUCCGAUGCGCGGUUGUCACGCGGUGAACGUGAACAUCCAGCCACUUCCUGCUGUUGAUCACCAUUUAUGAGCUGAAACUGCAACAAAACUCCUCCACUUAUCGAGUCCAGAUGAAAAAUAAAUAAUAAAAAGAGCCACGCGGUUGCUGUUUUUUGUCCGACUGCUUUCCCAGGCUUCGUCCUGAAAUAUAUUUGACCUCAUUUGAGGCGGUGCGGCAGAGUUGUUUGCUCCCAAGAGGGGGAGAAGGAAGGAUAUGGUGGCAAAUAUUCGUAGUGCUGAGUCACUACCCUGCCUAUAAAACAUAUUUACAGUGCCCUCCAUAAUUAUUGGAUUUAUAAUAAUUAUGUGUUUUUUAGCUUCUAAUAUAUUUUUUUUCUUCUAAAUAAUAUGGGACCUUAAUGGAAAAAAAUAGAAAAAUCCAACCUUCAAUACAGGUGCAUUUAUUCAAUGGGGAAACAAUCCCACAUAAAGAAAUAAUUAUUUGACAUCAAAUAAUGUGUGCCACAAUUAUUAGCACCCCUGGUGUUCAUACUUUGUACAACCCCCUUUUGCCAACAAAACAAGGUCUGGGGACUGAGAUGCAGUGUUGUUAAUCUUACUGAAAAAAAGUAAUUAAUUAUAGUUACAAAUUACUUCUCCCAAAAAGUAAUUGCGUUAGUAACUCAGUUACCUGAAUGUAAGAGUAAUUAGUUACUUGGCAAAGUAAUUGGUGAUAAUUACUUUUUUUUGUCCUCAAAAAAAAAAAAAAAAAAAAACAUUGGCCACACUAUGUGAAGUUUUUUUGUGAAGGUUUUUGGUACAAUUGGCCCGAGCCCAAUUCUUUACCCUAAUUUACCCUUUACCCUGAAUCAACUGUUAAAAGUUGUUAAAAUUGCUCCCAUUAUUGCAUUAGUUCCCUUCUCUCUACUUUCGAUAUAUGAAAGUUUUAAAACUGUUUCAUCAUUUAAAGAUAGAUUCAAGUCAAGAUUAUCCCGAUUUAGAAGUAUUUUAGAUAAAAAGUUACUUAGGUUCGCUAGGAAGGUUCUCUACAACAGAGCCGUCCUAAAAAGUCUACUGCUUUAAGAUGGCGGCUGUCUACUAACGCAUUUAGUGCCAUGGCUGUCAUUUGGCAUCUAGUUAUAUCUAUAUACAGUACAUGUGAUAUCUACCAUGUCUACCAUAUCUACCAUAACAUGCGGGCGUAGUUUGUGGGCUAUCGGCUACAACAUGUAUUAUUGGAGCUACCUAGCAUCGCGUUUGCUCGGCGUCACAACUUUCUUGCCUCCUCCCCACUCCUGCUCUGCUCUGUCGUCUCAGUGAGUCCGUCUCCCUCAGACUUUUCGACCAAUAUAGUAACGCAUGCCUUUCCGCCCUCAUUAACGGUAACG